AUGGCGGCACACAGAUUUGACCCCAAUUUCACCGACAAUGUCAUCAAUUCAAUGGGUCCCAAGACCUCGCCGCGUAUGCGCCAGCUCAUGACCGGCUUGAUCCGACACGUGCACGACUUCGCGCGCGAGGAAGAGCUUACCGUCGACGAGUGGAUGGCAGGAGUGAAGAUGCUCAACUGGGCCGGACAGAUGAGUGACGAUAAGCGCAAUGAGGGCCAACUGGUCUGCGACGUGAUUGGACUUGAAUCGCUCGUUGAUGAAAUCACUUUUAAGUUGGCUGAGGAGGCUAAGGAUGCGCCUACUGCUACUGCUAUUCUUGGACCGUUUUUCCGUGCGGAUACCCCGUACCGCUCUAACGGUGAUGAUAUUGUCAUCAAUAAGCCCAAGGAUGGGCAGAUGGCGUUUAUGCACGGCCGGAUUAUGGAUUUCACUACUCAGAAGCCGCUUGUUGGCGCUACUGUUGAGGUUUGGGAGGCGUCGACAAAUGGGUUGUAUGAGCAGCAGGAUCCUGAGCAGGUUGACUUUAACCUGCGUGGCAAGUUCCAGACUGAUUCCGAGGGACGGUACUACUUUUACUGCUUGCGACCAACACCGUACCCUGUUCCCAACGAUGGCCCCGCUGGAAAGCUGCUUGAGCUUAUGGAUCGUCACCCGUACCGCCCUGCUCACAUUCAUAUUAUGGCUACUCACAAGGGGUACCGUCCUCUUGUUACCCAGAUCUUCGAUCGAAGUGGCAAGUACCUUGACAACGACUCUGUGUUCGCAGUCAAGGAUUCUCUGGUUGUAGACUUUGUUCCUCGCGAUGGCGACCCCCGCGCGGGGCUUGAGCUGAAGUACGAUGUUAAGCUUGUGAAAGACGAGCAAUCUGACGCAUGA